CCAACCCCCUUUCACGCCCUUGAAAGCUUCGUUAACCUCCCAGCUUUACCCCAGCUGUUCUGUGACUGUGAGCUCCCUCUCUCUCCUCUCUCUCUCUCUCUCUCUCUCUCUCUCGCCAUACUCAGACCAGCCCUCCACUCUCUCUGUCUCUCUCUAACGUUUCUUAAACACCUCCAGUUUGUCUUCCUCACUCGCCAUUUUCCUCACUUCUCUGUGUUUCACAGAGCAAGAUCAGCAAGAGAAGGGCUUUUUUAUUUUCCCAGAUGAAGGAAGUUACUGUUGAGGCUGAAGGGUCUAAAGACACUUCAAAGCGAAGUGUUGGUAAUGAUGGAAACGCUAGAGGAAGAGGCAGCAUGGGUUCUUCUUCGCCGGACAUGCACAAUACGGCCUUGAAGAUUCUCAGAGCAAGGGAAUCUUAUAACGGCUACGACCAAGAACAAGAAAAGCCCGCCAAAAUCGAACUCUUCGGCUGGUAUUUGUACGAGUUUUGCACCUAUUUUGUUCAGACCCUUCUCAUUCCUGUUGUUUUCCCUCUCAUCAUCAGCCAGCUUCAGCAACUUCCUUCAGGAUAUGCUCAAGAUUGGACCAAGAAGCACCCCGGAUUUUCAUGUUCCGACAAGGAGAUCACUCUUUAUAGUAAGCUCACACUGAAAACCAUAAGGACGAGUGGUUCAAGAUUCUCCUCAUUGGAAUGGACAUCUAUAGGUUGGGCUACAGGUCUGGCACUGGCCGCUCCAAUUCUGGGCUUCGUCUCCUUCCAUCUUGAUGGCCAUUUUCCGGCGCUUAUCACGGCAGCGGCCACCGGGGUUGGUGUUUUCUUCUGUCUCCCGGCCGGGUUCUUCAAGGUCUCCGCAAUCUUCAUCCCUUACAUUGCAUUCAUCGUAGCUGCAAGCACAAUCGCCAUUGCCGCUCACACCCACCACCUUGGCCACAUGAUCCGUGCCUUCACCGGACCUUCCCUUAAGAAAACAGAAUUCCACAUCAGACAAGGAGUCUCCAACUGGCUCUCCCUCUGCGCCACCGCGGCCGGCAGCUUCGGUGCUGCCAUGAUGGCCGCCUUCACUUACCACAUGCUCCGGGAACCUAAAGACCAUGAGUUCAUAAGCCUGUGGGUGGUAUCCAUCUUCAGUGGCCUCAUAUGGCUUGUGGGGAUAAUCCAUGCAAUCACAGCCCUUAACAGAACCUCAGAUUCCAUGAUCUCAAUCUCUUCAAAGUUCCAUCCUUUUUCCAUUUUCAAACACCCUCAAGGAAUUGGAGCCAUUGCUAGUGUCUUUCUCUCUUCAUUCACCACCAUGUGCAUCUUCAUCUCAGGAGUCAUCUUCGUUGUUGGCGAUCUAUGCAUCAAACCAAUUCACUUGCUUGCUUUCUGGUUGAUGUACUUCUGCUUCCCUCUGGUUUCUCUUCCUCUUCUUCAACCUCUUCAACAAAUAAUCAAAGCCAGUGCAGUGAAAAUGCAAAUCCUCGGAUUCCUCCUCUCAAUCCUCUCUUCCGGCUUCGCCUUCUAUUUCUCUGAUUCUCACUGGAAAUGGAAGCAUCUUUUGCUAUUUGGAGCGAUCCAAUGCACAUCAAAUGGAAUACUUUAUGCAUUUGGAAGAGUCCUGGUUCUAGACUGCGCACCAUCCGGAAAAGAAGGAGCAUUCUCAAUCUGGUUCGCUUGGAUCAGGGCUGCCGGGUUGUGCAUAGGGUUCGCAGUUGGGUCAAGCGUUCCGGGUCGGAUUCGAGCAUCGUUCGGGGCCGCAUUCGUUGCUGCAUUGGUGGGCAUAGGUGUUCUGCUUUUCGGAAAUGUUAGUGAUGUCGGAGGAGCUGAAACUGCAGGGCAUGUGGUGGAGGAUAAAAGUGAGAGAAGCUCGCAUGUUUCCAAGGAAGCAAUGCACGUUUGAAGAAGAAACUCCAUGGAUGAAGAAGAAGAAGAAGAAAUGAAGGAAUAAAAAGGUUUAUUCUUUAUUUGCAAAUGACGAUGAAGAUGACGAUGAUGUUGCAAUGCGAGGGUGGUGCAGGUGGAGGAGGAUUAAUAUUAUAAGGUUUCGUUUCCUGAUGAUUGAUUUUAGAUUGUACGUACUUAAUUCGACAAAUGUUGUUAUUAUGAAAUUAUUAUGGUUUGUGUAUGCUGAGGAUUUUGGGUCAGGGUCUUGUGUUUGUUUAUACAUUAUCAUGUUUACACAUUAAUCAUCUCACUAACGAGAUUAGAGUGUGUU